AUCCAGUGGAGUGAAUUGAUGGACAUUCUGAAUGGUUUUUUGUCUGAUGUUUUAAAAGAGGUGGUGUGUGGAGCUGUUAAUCAAUUACAAUACUCUUUUUGCUUUAAUAGUUUUGUUAAAGAGCUUGAAAAAGAAAAAGAGAAUUUGAUAGAAACAAAAAUAAGUGUAAAAGAUCGUGUCAUACAUGCUCAAAGACAAACCUUAAAGACUGCUGAAGUUAUUGAUAAAUGGUUGGAGAAUGCAAACACUAGUUCAGAAUCUGUGAAUCGUUUGCUGAGAGAGACAAACACCAAAAAGAGUUGUUUUUUUGAAUUUUGUCCAAAUUGGAUUUGGCGAUACCGUUUAGGAAAAAAGUUGGCAAUUAAAAAAGCAGACCUUCAAAAGAUCAUUCAAGAAGGUAGACAAUAUAUACAACUUGAACGCAUUGCCUCAAUUCCUUCAAACACUUUUGAUAUUCUCACAGAAAAAAGUAUUAACUUUGAUAGUAGAAAAAAUGCUUUUGAUCAACUUGUAAAAGCAUUAAAAGAUGAUGGGAUUGCCAUGAUUGGAUUGUACGGGAUGGGGGGUUGUGGUAAAACCACAUUAGCAAUGGAAGUUAAAAAGAUAGCAGAAGCUGAGCAUCUUUUUGACAAAGUUGUUUUUGUUCCUGUGUCUAGUACAGUAGAAGUUCCAAGGAUUCAAGAAAAACUUGCUAGUUCAUUGCAGUAUCAAUUUCCAGAAAACCAAGAAAUGGAAAGAGCCCAACGCUUGUGCAUGAGAUUAACCCAGGAAAAUAAAAUUCUUAUGAUUCUAGAUGAUGUGUGGGAAAAACUUGAUUUUGGUAGCAUAGGGAUUCCCUCCUCUGAAUACCGUAAAGGCUGCAAGAUUCUCAUUACCACUAGAUUGGAAGAAGUUUGUAAUUCAAUGGAUUGUCAAAAAAAUAUUUAUCUACCAAUCUUAACUGAUGAAGAAUCGUGGACUCUCUUCCAAAACAAAGCACUUAUUUCUAAAGACACUCCUGAAAACAUCAAGCAUUUGGCAAAAUCAAUAUCAAAUGAAUGUAAAGGAUUGCCUGUUGCCAUUGUAGCUGUUGCUAGUAGCUUGAAGGGAAAAAAAGAGGUGAUAUGGCAUUCUGCGUUGAAUAAAUUGAGAAGUUCUAAGCCAAUCAAUAUUAGUAGGGGUUUGCAAGAUCCCUAUAUGUGUUUAAAGUUGAGCUUCGAUAAUCUAGAUACUGAAGAAGCUAAAUCACUUUUUCUGUUGUGUUCUGUAUUCCCUGAAGAUUAUGAGAUUUCAGUCGAAUGUUUAAUAAGAUGUGCAAUUGGUUUAGGUGUGACUGGAGAAGUUCACUCAUAUGAAGAGGCAAGGACUGAAGUGAUUGCCGCCAAAAUCAAGCUUGUAAGUUCUUGUUUGAUGUUGGAGGUGAAUGAUGAAUGUGUCAAAAUGCAUGACUUGGUUCGUGAUGUAGCCCAUUGGAUUGCAAAGAAUGAAAAUAAGAUGAUCAAGUGUGAAGUGGAAAAGGAUGUAAGUUUGGAGGAAGGUCCAAUAAGAUAUCUAUGGUGUGUGAAAUUUCCAGAUAGUAUGGAUUGUUCCAAUCUUGAGUUUUUAAGUAUACAAACAAACUUGGAAGUAUCCGAUGGAAUUUUUGAAAGAAUGGGAAAACUUAGAGUUUUGAUUAUUACCAAUAAAAGCAUCCCUACGCAAUUGUUAACAAUGUCUUUCAAAUCAUUAAUCAAUGUCCGUUGUCUAGUCCUUCAAUAUUGGAAAUUGAGAGACAUCUCAUUUGUAAGAGAUAUGAAGAAACUUCAAAGUCUUUCGUUUCAUAAUUGUUCAUGGCCUUCAUUCCUUGACUUGCAAACUGAUGUUGCAGUUACAACACUUACAAACUUGAAGUUGUUAGAGUUUAUAAGUUGUGACAUUGAAAGCAAUAUUUUUGAAGAGAUCAAAAGAAUCCCAUUUCUAGAAGAAUUCUAUAUUUAUAAAGACAACAAUUACUGGAAUGAUCCAAAGGAAGAAAGUGUUAAAUUCUCUAACUCCUUUAGUGUCUCCCAAAUGCUACAAAGGUAUGGAAUUGUAUUAGGAUACUCUUCUUUUCGUAAUAGUUAUAGAUUUCAAGAGUUUUGCUCUUGUGAGAGAACUUUAGUAAUGAAUUAUUUUGACAUAUCAAAUGAGGUUAUUAAAGGUUUGGCAAAAAAAGCAAAAGAGCUAUCUGUAGGAAAUAUUGAGGGAGGUGCAAAAAAUAUGAUGCCAGAUAUAUUUAAAAUUGAAGAAGGUAUGAAUGAGUUGAAAGAACUGAAGAUGCAUAAUUGUGAAGAAAUAGAGUGUUUGAUUGACAAUAGCAGUAAUUUGAGUAAGAUGGGAAAUAUUUUCUCCAAGUUACGUUAUAUGGAGAUCUUCAAUAUAAAUCAUCUAAAAACUUUAUGGCAUGGUUGUCCACGUGUCAAUGGAUGUUUUGAAAAAAUGGAGGAGCUAUAUAUAAGAGAUUGCCCACAAUUAAUAUCUCUCUUCACAUAUGUCAUUGCUCCAACAAAUGACAAAACAAAGAAAAGUGAAGAUCAAUUCACACAUGGGCAUUUGAUGCCAUCCAAAAUUUUUCAGAAUCUUCAAAAAAUGGAGUUGUUUAACUGUGGAGAAUUAAGACAUGUAUUCUCAGCAAGUAUUACAGGAAGCCUAACUCAAUUGAAAAUUCUUACUAUUGAAGAGUGCAAUAUGUUAGAACAAAUAUUUGAAGAUGCUCUUCCUCCAACACACCAUGAAGAAACAAAUGAAAUUGUAGAGGAAGAUGUGCAGAGUAGCUCAGGUACCUUUUCCAUAUUACAUAUCUCAUAACAAUCUUAUUCUU